AUUCAAAUGCUAGUGUGCUAGCAGACGACGAAGGUCAAAAUAAAUUACUUAUAUAAGUAAAGCAUUGGCUUUCAAACUGAUUACUCGAAAUUAAUUAUAGAUUUUCAAGGUAAUAAAUAAGGAUGGGGAUCAUAACGCAAGCUAUUGACUUCUUGGCAUCAAAUCCUUUAUAUUUAAUUCUGGGAAUCCUUGUAUAUGUUGUUCUAUUUCUUCUGUCUAUAUUUAUGAGUAGAAAUAAAUCGGGCAAGAAUCCUUUUAAAUUCGAUGCUCGAAAAAAACCUGCCGAAUUGGUUAUUGAUCAAGCAAAGAGGGACAAAAUACUUAAACAAGGAUUUGCCGCAAAGAAGCUCGACUCUUCGUACGAUGCCAUAGUUAUUGGGAGUGGUAUUGGAGGUCUUACAACAGCAAGUAUUCUAGCAAAGGCUGGCAAAAAAGUAUUGGUUUUAGAACAACACGAUCAAGCUGGUGGAUGUUGUCAUACCUUUGUUGAAGACGGAUAUGAAUUUGACGUUGGUAUUCAUUAUAUUGGUGAAAUGCAAGAGAAUACGAUUGUUCGAUUCCUCUUUGAUCAAAUAACUCAAGGUCAAUUGCAAUGGACACCUCUCGAUCAAGAAUAUGAUAAGGUUGCUAUAGGAAAACCUGGAGAGCAAAAAUUGUACUCGAUAUUGUCCAAUAAAGAUGCUUACAAGCAGGCACUUUUAAAACAUUUUCCAAAGGAAGAAAAAGCUAUUGAUGGCUAUUUGAAACUACUAGUAGAAGCUAGAAGGAGUAUGAUGGGAUUUAUCAUGGUUAAAGCAUUCCCUAAAUUUAUUGCAAAGAUACUUAUUAAACUUGGUCUAAUUCACUAUAUGUCACCAUAUUUUAAAAAGAUUUCUUCGAAAAGUGUUCAACAAGUUGUUGAAAGUCUCACUAACAACAAGGACUUACAAUUAAUAUUUGCUUACAACUUUGGUGACUAUGGUACUCUUCCUGACGAAGCUUCUUGGGCAAUGCAGGCUGUUUUAGCAAAUCACUAUUUAUACGGAGCGUUUUAUCCUCUCGGUGGCGCCAGUGAGAUAGCAUUCCAUAUUAUUCCAACUAUUGAAAAAAGUGGUGGAAAAGUCUUGGUGAGGGCGCCUGUAUCCAAAAUUCUAGUAGACUCCAUGGGCAAAGCCAAUGGCGUUAGAAUAUCUAAAACUGGUGGUGAUAUAGAUUUGAAAGCCCCCAUUAUCAUAUCCGAUGCCGGAAUUAACAACACUCUGCAUAAGUUAUUAGAUAAUGAAGUGGCUGUUAAAAGUCCGCUAUAUAAAUCUAUGACAAAUAAACAUAUCAAAGCUGGUAUGGGUUGUCUAUCCUUAUUCGUUGGUUUGAAGGGUUCGUCCAAAGAAUUAGGAAUUAAAGGCCAAAAUAUUUGGGCUUACACUAACGCUGACGUAAAUAAGGAAGUUAGAGAAUAUUAUAACAAGAGUGAGGAAGAUUUCUUGGACGGAGAUUUCCCCCUUCUUUUUAUUGGUUUCCCAUCCGCAAAGGAUCCAGCUCAUCAAAAGAGAUAUCCAGGAAAGACGACAUGUACUGUUAUUACUAUGGCAAAAUGGGAUUGGUUCAGUAGCUGGAAAGACGAAAGAGUUAAACACAGAGGUGGAGUUUAUGAGGAAAAGAAGGAACUCAUGAAAGAGAAAAUGUGGAAGCAAGUUCUCGCACUAUACCCUCAACUAAAAGAUUGUGUUGAAUACAUGGACCUUGGAACACCUUUAUCGAAUAAUUUUUACAUUGGAGCUUUAGAAGGUGAAACUUAUGGUUUAGAUCACAAUAUGAAGAGAUUUGCUUCGGCAGAAGUUGCAAUGAAUCUUCGACCAGACAUUGGCGUUCCUGGCUUGUAUAUUACUGGUCAAGAUCUUUUCUCAGCUGGUUUGGUUGGAGCAGCAAUGGGAGGAGUUAUUACUGCUGCCGCUUGUUUGAACAGACAAGUAUUUAACGACUUAACAAAUUUAAAGAAGGAGUGUAAAAAGUCACAAUAA